AUGAGUGUUGUAACGGAGUGGGGUGACGACGUACGACCAAUCUCUGAAGAAGAAGCCAUGGUCAUCGUCAACCACCAAUCCACAGGAGAUGUGUGCACCCUCAUGAUGUGCCUGCAAGACAAGGGCACGGUGGUACGAAAAAUGAUGUGGUUGAUGGACCAUGUGUUCAAAUACACCAACUUUGGCCUAGUGUCCCUGAUUCAUGGAGACUUCUUCAUCAGACAGGGUAAAGCUCACCGAGACAAGCAGCUGGUCUACCUGAAAGAUCACCUAGACAAAUACUACCACAACCGCGACAGGAAGUGGAUAGUGCUGUUCCCUGAGGGCGGAUUCCUGCGCAAGCGGCGGGAAACCAGCCAGUUGUUUGCCAAGAAGCACACACUACCCCACCUGACCCACGUCACGUUGCCUCGUCUCGGGGCCACCCACGUUAUCCUGAAAACCCUGUCAGCCCAACAGGAGAAUGGCAGUGUGGGCAGCGAGACUGGGACCCCUAACCAGACAGGUAAUAAACGUAAAGGCCUGCAGUGGGUAAUAGAUGUAACCAUAGCUUACCCCAAAGCAAGACCCAUGGACAUCCAGACCUGGAUCUUUGGCUACAGGCCUCCUACAGUUACACAUGUACACUACAGGAUGUACCCAAUAAAAGAGGUUCCUGUGGAGGCACAGGCCCUGACUGACUGGCUGUAUCAGAGGUUUGUGGAGAAGGAAAAGUUGCUGGCCCACUUCUACGACACAGGAUCAUUCCCCCUUGAAGGUGGACAGAAGGAGGCACUUUCCCGUCAAAUGACCCUCGACCCCGUGUGGCUGUGUGUUAUCCAGUCGUUUGCUUUCGCCUCCGGCUACAUGUGGUACAGCGUCCUCCAGUACCUCUACUGCUGUUUAUUUUGAGUGCGCUGAUGAGGCGAGAGUCUUUAUCGGACCACUGGAAAAGCCUCAGGAUCAGUUGGUGUGUGGCCCAGCGUCAUACUUGCCCCCACGAUGGAUGAAUGUACAUUUCAAACAGUGGAGAGACUUAACAGGAAACAAACAAAUAUACAUAGGAAGACAAGUACACACAGAUUACAAAUACCCAUACAAGAUGAAACUGGUCACAGGCAUAGUUAACUUGCACACAACCCACACCACACACUCGCUCUGACGGCCUAGCAGAAUAAUCUCUCGCACUCGUCACGACUCACAUUUUGAUGUUUACACGUCCUCAUACACGUAUACACUCACACGUACAUGACUUUUUAAUCAAAGUUAACGAAAUGAGGCUCAGGACUCCUCCAGAGGAAGCUCUGGACCGGACUCUCUCUCUUCCCCGCCUAGGCUUUAGCCGUAGUAGUUUUACAUGAAGUAUAAAGUAUGUGUGGACAAGCGUGUGAGUGAAUAUAUGUGACUAGAAGCAUUACGUCUGCCCUUGUUCUUCUUCCUGGCAAGAGUUGAUGAAGCCCACUGGACCUUUCAUUCAGCCCACUGACUAGCCGGCUGGCCACACCUUUCAGAGAGAGCGGCUGUAUGAACGUUGAGGCUGCGCAGCUGGCCGCUUCUCUGGCCUUCAUUGCACUAAGGAUCCAUACUGCCCUAACUGCUCCCUGUCCUGGGAAAUAUUUCUGAUUGGUAGCUGUCAAUGUUUUAAUUUUGUUUUAUGUUCUUCCCUUUUACCCGCAUAUCUCCACAACAACGGCCAUUGUAUGUGU